ACGAGCUGCAGACUCCAGUUCCUCAGAUUCACAGUAUGGAGAGCAGCUGAUCAGACCGUUACUUUUCACCGGACCAUUCUUUUUUAUUCUCGAGCACCUACCCCUGUCAUUUUUCCAUGUUCGAAGUGCUAGACUUCAGAAACUAGUUGAACUGUUAGUUUUUGUAACUUUUUCUGUAGUAGCACUGAAACCUUGAGCUUUGUUUUUAGAUACUUUUUCCAUAGUGUUGUUCCUCUCAAGGAUGCGCAAAAGGAUGGCCCAUUUUCUGAAUCAGAAGAGGAGCCUUUUGAAUGUGCUCUACGUGUAUUUGUCUGUUUCUGUAGUUCACUCCUACAACAUUGACUUAGAACAUCCUAUUGUGUUCCGUGGACCUGACUCGAGUUUCUUUGGAUAUUCUGUUCUGGAGCACUAUCAUGACAAUACGCGCUGGGUGCUGGUAGGGGCCCCCAAGGCCAACUCUUCCCACAGCAGCUCUGUUCACACCCCUGGAGCCGUGUUCAAGUGCCGUGUCCACAGCAACCCAGAGAGACGCUGCACUGAGAUGGACCUAGGCAGAGGGAACAAGCCCAGGGAGUCUUGUGGGAAGACGUGCCAGGGAGACAGGGAUGAUGAGUGGAUGGGGGUCAGCCUCGCCCGGCAGGACAAAUCCAAUGGAAAAAUACUGGCCUGUGCCCACCGUUGGAAGAACGUCUACUAUGACUCUGAGCUCAUCCUUCCCCAUGGUUACUGUUCCAUCAUCCCUCCUACGCUACAGGGCCGGACCCAAGCCCUCAUCCCCUGCUAUGAAGACUAUAAGCAGAAGUAUGGGGAAGAGCACGGCUCGUGCCAAGCGGGGAUAGCGGGCGUUUUUACUGAGGAGCUGGUGGUGAUGGGAGCUCCAGGAUCAUACUACUGGACAGGAACAGUCAAGGUCUACAACCUGACCUCCAGCACCUUCUACAACCCCAACAAAGAAGAAGUCGACUCACACAGAUACAGCUAUCUAGGCUAUGCUGUGACUGCUGGACACUUCUCCUCUCCUAACUUCAUAGAUGUGGCUGCAGGAGCUCCACAACACAGUGGAGGAGGAAAAGUUUACAUUUUCAGAAUAGAUGGUGGGUCUUUGGUGAAGAUCUUUCAAGCCUCAGGGAAAAUGAUGGGCUCUUACUUUGGCUCCUCAUUGUGUGCAGUUGACCUGAACCGUGAUGGCCUGUCGGACCUGCUGGUUGGAGCGCCCAUGCACAGCACGCUACGGGACGAGGGACAGGUCUCUGUCUACCUCAGCAAGGGCAAUGGGGUGAUGGAGCAGGCUGAACUCUUAAAUGGAGAUGAUGCCUACAAUGCACACUUUGGAGAGUGCAUCACUGCAAUCGGAGACAUCGAUGACGAUGGGUACCAAGAUGUGGCCAUAGGAGCACCCAAAGAAGAUGACUACGGUGGAGCAGUCUACAUUUACCAUGGCGAUGCCACUGGAAUCGUCAACAAAUAUUCUAUGAGGCUGUCUGGACGGAGUGUAAACCCCGCCUUCCAGAUGUUCGGCCAAUCAAUAUCUGGCAAUGUGGACAUGGACGGCAAUGGAUAUCUAGACAUUACCAUUGGUGCUUUUAUGGCUGAUAGUGUGGUGUUAUUGAGGUCCCGACCGGUGAUCACUGUGGACGUGUCCAUCUACCUACCUGUCUCCAUCAACAUCUCUGUUCCUCAGUGUCACGAGGGACCACAGCACCUCAACUGUUUCAACGCUACAGUCUGCCUGCUCUUCAGAGGAAAACACCUGCCUGGACAGAUAGAGUUGCUGUAUAACCUGACAGCUGAUGUGGAUAAGAGACAGAGGAGCCAGCCUUCUAGAGUGUACUUUGUUCAGAACGGAGCCCAGAUGAGCUCUGUGAGCAACGAGCUCAGUCUGGACAUCAACACAGUGGAGUGCCACCAGUACACUGCAUACGUUAAGAAGGACGUGAAAGACGUGUUCACAGCCAUCACCUUUGAAGUGGCCUACACCCUGGGGAAACAUGUGGUGGAUGGACAUCUUGACAAUGACCUGCCUGCUCUCACACCUGUACUACGCUGGAAGAAAGGAGACAAGAUAGCAGCAAAGAAUGAGACAUGGUUUGAGAAGAACUGCCUGUCUGAUGACUGUGCUGCUGACCUGAGACUCCAUGGGAAACUGCUGCUUUCUGGGCUCCACGUCCAUCCCCACCUUGCCCUAGGAGGAGUGAGGAACGUCUCUCUGAACGUGACCAUAUCCAACGCAGGAGACGAUGCCUACGACACCAAUAUCUACUUCAACUUCUCCAGAGAGGUCUUCUAUAUCAACUACUGGCAGAGGGAAGAGAAGGGUAUUUCCUGUGGUCUUGUUGAUUUAGACUUCCUCAAAUGCAGCGUGGGAUUUCCCUUCAUGAGAGCACAGACUAAGUAUCAUCUUGCAGUGAUCUUCGACACAAGCCGGCUUUCAGGGGAAAAUGAGACAUUGCAGUUUGUAGUUCAUGCAAAAAGUGCCAACCCUGAACAUAAACUGUUGGACAACACCUUGGAUCUUUCUAUCCCACUGGUCCAUGAGGUAGACACAACUAUCACUGGUGUGGUGAACCCGACGUCCUUUGAGUAUGGGAACUCCAUCGAUGCCUCUCGCUUCGUCCAGCUGGAGGACAUGGAGUGUAACUUCCAGCCACUCAACUUCACCUUUCAGGUGAUCAACAAUGGCCCCAGCAGGCUCCCUGGCUCCAUAGUGGACAUCAGGAUCCCCAACCGGCUGGCUGGCAAUGGGGCCGACAUGUUCCUCAUCAUGGACUCACAGGUGGCGGAGGGGCGAGGGAACUGUACCCCCCACAGGAACCCCCAGCCCUGUACCAUCCCCCAGGACAGAGAGAAUAUCUUCCACACCAUCUUCGCCUUCUUCACCAAGUCUGGCCGCAGGGUCCUGGAUUGUGACCGGCCAGGGAGAGCAUGUUUAACUAUCUCAUGUACUCUAGGCUCCCAGACCAAAGAGGAUGCUAUCAGUAUAGAUGUGAAACUUCUACUAAACACAGAGAUACUGAAUCGGGACAGCUCGUCGUUGAUCCAGUUCGUGACGAGGGGUAAUGUGAGAGUGGACGGGAGGGCCAUGGAGGUACCAGAGGGGCUAUCAGAAGACACUUCACUUGUGUUUGAGGCGCUCCACAGCCAGGAGCCAAGGGGCUAUGUUGUUGGUUGGAUCAUUGCCAUCAGCCUGCUGGUGGGAAUACUCAUCUUCCUACUGCUGGCUGUUCUGCUCUGGAAGAUGGGUUUCUUCCGCCGGCGCUACCGGGAAAUCAUCGAGGCUGAGAAAAACAGGAAGGACAGUGACGAGAGCUGGGAUUGGGUGGAAAAGAACCACUGAGAGACAGAAGCCAAUGAGAGCGCAGGAAUUGGGGAUUGGGUCAAUGGUGGAUCCAAUGAGCUGGGGGCUUUCACCACAGCCAGCCAAUCAGGACUAAGGGCCCUUCAAUCUUCCAUAUGUGGAAGAGGAAAAAAUAUUCUCCGGAUUUUUCGGAGGGAGACCUGACAUUUUAGUGGGUGGGGGACUGGGGAUUGAGGAAACGAACGAACAGACAUCUGAGGUGAUGGUUGGUGUGGCUUGCAAGGGUCGUAUUCAUUAGGACCCUAAUUCAGUGCAACAGAAAAUGGAUAUUCGCGUUUUUUAUUUGACAAGCCCAAUGAGUCUUUUCCUGUUUGUUUUCUUCCGUUUGGUGCCAAAUGAAAACAACACUCGCAAUAGAAUUGAAUUAGUCCCUAUGGAGCUUAUGGAGAUAACUUCCUGACAGUCAAAUCUAUGAAGGUAACUCUCUGCCAACAGAAAAUAACAGAAUGGAACUGGUAAAGAAAGAAGGGGCCUGUUCAGAAGGCUGUAACAUAGAUAGAAAUAUAUCGUGCAGAACAGAAAUGAUUGUCAUAUAUAUACGAAUAGGGAAUUGCAUCAGCUCUAUUCAUUCUAUUUCUAUCUGCAACGUUCAGAGUGCUUCACGUCCCUGAAUUCACCCAAGGAGAUUGAUGUCCUGUGACAGGAAGUGGAAAUGACAGAUAUUAUCAGACAAGACCAUGAAAACCCUCAGGGCUCUGUUUUAAUAGUAGCAAAAAUUUAUUUUUAUACAUAUUAUAGCCAUAUUGUAUUAAAUUGGGGCUUCGAGAAAGGGUUGGUUGGGGUUUUUGAAGUCUAAUGUAAGCAUAUCUAUAUGUUUUUCUUUAAAGCACUGAUGUCCGAGUUGAUAAGAAGAGUUGAUGCUAAGUUUAUCCUUUCUUUUUGAGGCCAAAGAUAAUCUAUAGUAUAGUAUAUGAGUAUAGUAUAUAAUUCUGUACUGUUUCCUGCUCCCAAAUAUCUCUUGAAUAUCUCACACAUAUCCUUCUCCCUUAGAUAUCUAUAUGGCAACCAGCCAAAGCAAGUCCAAUGAAAGCCCAUAUAAAUAUAACUAUUAGAGCGGACAUUCCCAUUCAAGUCAACAUUCUAUUUUUAUGUGUAGACCUUCCCUUCACCAUAAACAGAGCUAUAUUUUUGUCACACAUCGAAGUUGUCAUUGUCAUGAAGAAAUGCUGAUAACCAAGCAAAAGAGUUCGAAUACGUUUUUAAUUGAUUGUAUAUGUAACACUUUUCCAGACCCUCAAAGCGCUUUAUAUAGUAAAGAGGAAACUCACCUCAUCAACUACCAAGUAACCCAUGGUCCAGAUGUAGACAUCACCAACACCACUGUAGCUAGAGCAUUUCAUUUAUAGUUAGAGCUCUGUUCAGUCUGUAUGACUGAAGCGUUACAGAUUGCGCGCUAGAAAUGUAAAGCCGACAUGCUGUGUUUACCGUGAAUGCUGUGUUUACCGUGAAUGCUGUGUUUACCGUGAAUGCUGUUGUCACCGUGAAUGCUGUGUUUACCGCGAAUGCCGUGUUUACCGUGAAUGCCGUGUUUACCGUGAAUGCCGUGCUUACCGUGAAUGCUGUUGUCAUGUGAAUGCUGUUGUCACCGUGAAUGCCGUGUUCACCGUGAAUGCCGUGCUUACCAUGAGUGCCGUGUUUACUGUGAAUGCCGUGCUUACCGUGAAUGCCGUGUUCACUGUGAAUGCCGUGCUUACCGUGAAUGCCGUGUUUACUGUGAAUGCCGUGCUUACCGUGAAUGCCGUCUCUGCUAACGAGGAAACAUUGCCUUUACAUUUCAAUCACGCUGUAAUGCGGAACUUCCGCGAUACAGAUUGAAAAGAGACCUUAAUUUGCCACAUUUCACAAAGUGUGGUCGUUUCAAACUGAAAGUUUAAAAUGUGAGUAAGGCAGAAGACAGUGGAUAGAGGAGGAGUGGAUAGAUGGCAUAAACAGAUCAUCAUUUUUUAGCUCAAAGAAGCAUUCCACUUGUCGCCACUAAGUUAAUAAUCUCUCCAGUGUUGUGUGCCAGAGGAGAAGGUCCAUCAAUUAGAUGAUAGUCUGGAAAAUUUCACAAAUCAUGGUAUUUAAAUCAUUUCAAAAUGUUUUUGACUGUAUCCUUUCAUAUGAGUGGAAAGGUUUACAUUAUACCUUUAAAUUGCCAUUAUACCUAUGUAACUACAUAAAAAGAACUGUAUAAACAACAUUGUAGUUACAGUAGUGAUAGAGUAUUGGCAUAGGGCUAUGCAUUAGAUGCAAAUUAGAACAUUUUGGUUUUACAGUUAAAAUGUGUAAUUUAACCCACAUCCCGCCAAUCUUUUGAAGCUACGACAAAUGUUGUAAAGGAGAAGUGGAAUAUAGGCUACAUUCUUUGAGAAUCAAGUGUCAAAAGCUGUUUUGGCAAAGAGCUAUCGCUCAGACAUCCACAUGAUCAAUCACAAGCAUAGCCUGUUUCAAAUUUCAGUAAACAUGUUUUUAUGAUCCUCAAUGUAGGAUCAUAUGUUGAUUAUAAUGCCAAACAUGACAAUGACUAAAUAGAAAUGGGCUAUACAGCUCAAACAGGUCUGGGACCAGGCUAGAGCGAUACCAAACCUUAUAGGAUGUUUUACUCUACAUUGCCGGAAGAACACAGCCUAGAUCCAAACUGAAUUGUUCCGUUUCACUAUUGUUUCAGUUCAUGUUUGCCACAGUUUUACAAUAGUGAAGCUGAAUAAUUCAGUUAGAAUCGAGGCUAGGAUGAAUAUUUGAGAUCAGAGUAAACUAUACCAACCUACAGUUGAAGUUGGAAGUUUACAUACACUUAGGUUGGAGUCAUUAAAACUUGUUUUUCAACCACUACACAAAUUUCUUGUUCACAAACUAUAGUU